GCAUGUGCAAUGGAGCAAUCAACGCCGACAACAAUGGAGCCGGCAAGGUCGUGGCUGCUGCUUCUCUGCCUCGCCGCAGUCGCCACCGCCGGCGUACUCCAAGCUCGCGCCCAGCCUGACAGCAUAGGCUUCAUCAGCGUAGACUGUGGCUUUCCGGGGACGGCGAGCUACGUGGACGACACCACUAAGCUGUCGUACGCCCCGGACGCCGCCUUCACCGACGCCGGAUCGAACCAAAACAUCUCGGCCGUGUACAUCACGCCGAAGCUCGGCAAGCGCUACCUCAACAUGCGCAGCUUUCCCGACAGCUCGCGCAGCUGCUACACGCUCCGGUCCCUCGAGGCAGGGCUCAAGUACAUCCUCCGCGCCACCUUCAUGUACGGCAACUACGACGGCCUCAGCCGGCCGCCCAUCUUCGACCUCUACGUCGGCGUCAACUUCUGGAGCAUGGUGAACAUCACGAGCGCCGACAGCCCGGUGAUCCUGGAGGCCAUCGUCCUCGUGCCGGAUGACUUCGUGCAGGUCUGCCUGGUGAACACCGGAUCCGGCACGCCGUUCAUCUCCGGGCUGGAUCUGAGGCCGCUCAAGAGCUCGCUCUACCCGCAAGCGAACGCGACGCAGGGCCUGGUCCUGCUCGGCAGGAUCAACUUCGGCCCGACCGAUGAUACGGACAUCGUCAGGUACCCCGAUGAUCCACACGACAGGUUCUGGUUCCCCUGGGUCGACGCCAACAGCUGGAACUCUCUAUCGACGACAUUGAGGGUGCAGAACAUAGACAACGACCUGUUCGAGGCGCCGUCAAAGGUGAUGCAGACGGCGAUCACUCCGCGCAACGCCUCCAAGAACAUCGAGUUCCGCUGGGACUCGGAGCCGCAGCCCAAGGACCCGACGCCGGGGUACAUCGGCAUCAUGCACUUCUCCGAGCUACAGCUCCUGUCCGGCAAUGCCGUGCGCCAGUUCUACAUCAACCUCAACGGCAAACCGUGGUACCCGAAGGCCUUCACGCCGGAGUACCUCUACAGCGACGCCACGUACAACAGCAACCCCUAUCGGGGCCUUGCUCGGUACAAUAUCUCGAUCAACGCCACCGCCAACUCGACUCUGCCGCCGAUCAUCAACGCUGUCGAGGUCUUCUCCGUCAUCUCCACCACCAACGUUGCCACAGACUCCCAGGACGUAUCUGCCAUCACGGCGAUCAAGCAGAAGUAUCAUGUCCAGAAGAACUGGAUGGGUGACCCGUGCGUUCCGAAAACUCUCGCGUGGGAUGGGUUAACAUGCAGCUAUGCCAUUUCCAGUCCUCCAAGAAUCACCGCCGUAAACCUAUCAUUUAGUGGUCUGAACGGAGAUAUAUCCACUUCUUUCACAAAUCUCAAGGCCGUCCAAUACCUGGAUCUGUCACACAACAACUUGACAGGCUCAAUUCCUGACUCCCUUUCACAAUUAUCUUCACUGACAGUUCUAGAUUUGACAGGGAAUCAACUCAACGGAUCAAUUCCCUCUGGACUCCUCAAAAGAAUUCAAGACGGCUCCCUAAAUCUGAGAUAUGGCAACAAUCCAAACCUCUGCACAAACGGCAAUUCGUGUCAGACGACGAAAGCGAAGAGCAAGCUAGCCAUCUACAUUGCCGUGCCUGUAGUUCUGGUUGCGGUGAUCGUAUCAGUGGUAGUACUACUCCUCUGCUUCUGUAGAGGAAAAAAGCAAGGAUCAAUGACCAACGCCGUGAAGCCUCAGAACGAGACGCCGAUGAGCUAUGUGCCAACAGGUGACGCGUACGCGCAGAGCUCGCUGCAGCUUGAGAACCGCCGGUUCACGUACAGGGAGCUGGAGAUGAUCACGAACAACUUCCAGCGCGUGCUCGGCCGGGGAGGGUUCGGGUUGGUCUAUGAUGGGUUCUUGGAGGAUGGCACUCAGGUGGCUGUCAAGCUGCGGUCUGAGACUUCCAAUCAGGGUGUCAAGGAGUUCCUCGCCGAGGCUCAGAUCUUAGCACGGAUUCAUCACAAGAAUCUGGUGUCCAUGAUCGGUUACUGCAAGGAUGGGGAGUAUAUGGCACUUGUCUACGAGUACAUGCCAGAAGGCACCUUGCAAGAGCAUAUUUCAGGAAAUGGCCUCAAUGGAGGAUUCUUAAGCUGGAGACAGAGGCUCCGAAUCGCAUUGGAAUCUGCACAAGGGCUGGAGUACCUCCACAAGGGGUGCAACCCGCCUCUCAUUCACAGGGACGUGAAGGCGACCAACAUCCUACUAAACGCCAAACUGGAGGCCAAGAUUGCUGAUUUUGGCUUGACCAAGGCUUUCAAUCGCGACAACGACACUCACGUGUCCACGAACACACUUGUUGGUACACUCGGAUACGUUGAUCCCGAGUACCAUGCAACGAUGCAGCCGACGACCAAGAGCGACGUGUACAGCUUCGGCGUCGUGCUGCUAGAGCUGAUCACGGGUAGGCCGGCCAUUCUGCGGGACCCGGAGCCCACGAGCAUAAUCCAAUGGGCGCGGCAGCGCCUAGCGCGAGGCAACAUGGAGGGCGUCGUGGACCCGCGCAUGCGUGGCGACCACGACGUCAACAGCGUGUGGAAGGCUGCGGACAUCGCGCUCAAGUGCACCGCACAGGCCUCAGCGCAGCGGCCCACCAUGACCGACGUGGUGGCGCAGCUGCAGGAGUGCCUCGAGCUGGAGGAGUCUCGCGGCGGCGGUGGCGCCAUGAAAGUUGGGUUCUACACCAGUAGCAGCAGCGACCCGUACUCUGGUAACAACGCUGAUGGCCAGUCCACCGACGUGAGCCAGGGCAGCACUACGUUUGAGAUGGAGCAUAAUUUUGGAAGGGUGCCAACGAUGCCCACGGGUCCUGCUGCACGAUAAUUCUUUUUAGAACCUGCUGCACGGUAACUAAAUGGGAGUCAUUGACAAUCUAUUCCCUGACGCCGCUGUGGUUGGCCGUGGUUGUUGGCAAUCAUAUCUACAAUUAUUUUUUCUACACAAAUAAUUGUUUAAGUAAACUAAUAAAAGUGGUUUCACUAAUUUUGGGAGUGUUAUGAAUUA